AGAAAUAAUGAACAAGGGACAACAAACUUGAAUUACGGAUCUUAACGUCUUUUUGCAUGCCCUGUGGUUAAAUACAGUUAAAUACCUUCGAGCACGCCUUUGCACGUCAACAGAAGUUCAGCUUUGUGGAAGAGUAAGUUGUAAAUACAAAGUAUGAAGCCUUUGAAGUCGAUAUUUUUGAAGACAUACGGUAAGCAGACGCGAAAGCUGUCUGCCUGGAUUUCACCAGAAAACCGUAAGCAGGCCUUCGACAGCAGCCUGUCAACAGACGGGGAUGUGUCCGCGUUUGAGUUGCCCACAAGAACUGCGAAGUUACGAGGGAGAAGGACUAGUGUUGCCAGACAGAAAGUGAUGCGGCCUGCAAAGAAGGAGGCCAUGCUGAGUCUGACUGAAAAGAGUGAUGACGAAGAAAAUGUUCCACCUCGUUCCUGUCCUCAGCCUGAGCAGAAAAGCAAGACAACCAGAGAUAAGAGGACAAGUGUGUCCAGAGGGAGAGGAGCCCGUCCCACCAAGAGAAAAGCCAUGGCGUGUCUGACAGAGACCAGCAGUGAUGAGGAGAACAACCGUAGGCCCUCUCCUCCCCGUCCUCAGCCUGCUGAGAGCAGCAAGACAACUAGGAAGAGUCACCUGGUCUCCGUGCCAGGAGUUACAAUGAGACAGAGGAGAAAGCAAGCCCAAAUGAGCAGCGAGAGUGAGGAACUCUCAAUAUCCACCAGAGAUUGCCACAAAAAUUCACUUCAAAUGAAGAGAGAGUCCAAUGUUCAUCCUCCCUCUGUGAGCCGCUUUGUGACUCGCCGCAGACGUGCUGUCGCUGCCAAACCCAAAAUCCCUCUAGCAACUUCAACUAUACUCAACUCCUCAGAUGACUUUGCCUCUGGAGCCUUUGGAUCUUGUAGGAUUCCUCCACCUUCAAGGAGGAGGAGGAGGAAGCUCCCUCCAGCAAUUUUGGUGUCAAGUGCGGAGAACUCAUUAAAUGCUGCAGGGACCACCAGCUUUGCCACUGUCCCCUUCCAAGAGAUCUCCCUUAAUGAGUCAGCAGAUCACAGCCUGGGAUCCUGCUCUAGGAAACCCAUGUUCUGCUCUACACCAUCAGCUGCCGUCUUCAGCAAACGCCUGGGCCCUAAACCAUCACCCAUCAACAAUCCAUGCUCUUCUUCAGCUGCAUCAGUGAUCUGUAUAGAUGUCAUGAGUGCAUUCCAGGAUGGGCUAUGUUCAUCAGGGCAGCCCACACCUUCUAAAUGCCCUGCACCAUCUAUUGGGCUUCAUUCAGAAGUAAAGUUGCAUUCAACCCUUGAGGAGCAAGACUCUUCAGGUGAGUUAUUGAUAGAUCUCAAGAGAAGUAGCGAUAGUAAAGACUCCAGAAGCCACAGUGAAGACACAAACAACGACAGUGUUGGGGAAUUAUUACCAAGCCUGAUUCUGCUCUCUGCAGAUGACAGUGAAUACAGCAGCCGUUUUGUAUCGGCAGCGGGAGGAUUAGAGUGGCUCAUAGAAGCUUUGAAGGAGAAAUGUUUGACCAGUCGCUGCACAGUGCAGAUGGAGAGAUUGAACUUACACACUAUGACUCAGCUGUGCAGUCAAACAACCUACUCAUCCUGUUUGGAACAGUCCCACUCAGUCCACAAAACUUGUGAAAACUUACUAUCUGUGCACAGCAUUCAAACAUUGCCAUCUGAAACAAAUGAGAAAAGCACAGACUGUUUGCAUUCAGUAAAAAGUUUUCAGUCUCCUAAACACGCAGCUUUAGUGACUGACAGUCAAAGCACCAGUGAGUCAUCGUCAGUGGACUUUAAGCAGUCAGCUGAGCUCUCAUCCUCAAAGGAAAGCACCACAGAGCAGUCAGCAUCCAGCCAGCACACUGACAGCAGUGCCGAGUUUAUAAGGGAUACACAGCUACCAGCAAACCUCCCUUUACAAACACUGUUUACUGAAGAUGAGGCUCCAGCUGUAAAGGACAAAAGUCUUACUAAGGAAUGUUCAGUUCUGCUCCAAAAAUGUGCUCUGUCACCUGUGAUUGUUCAACAACUCCCAGAGAUCAUAAAGCAGAAAGAUGCAGGCUUGACUGAAAAUGCAGACAAGACUGAAACUGAUCCCAAAUAUCUUACAUGUUCAGUGGAUAACUUUGGGACAACGAUGGCGUCUGUUAGAACAUCUUUAAACAGCAGCAGUACUGGAGCCCAGACAUGGUCUAAAGACACAGGAGGAGAAAAAAAAUCCGCUCGGCUCAUAGCGAUGCUAAAGGAGAAAUGUCUAACAGAUAAGCACGAUGUUAAAAUUAAAAGAUUAACUUUAUCACAAGUGAAGGAAAUACUGCAGCCCAAAGCCAUAACACUUAAAUCAGUCCCAGCUGUGUCAGACAGAGCAAGUGAUGACCAGACAAAGACUGACCAGCGGUCAGAGAGUGACACUAAUCACAGUAAUGAAGACACUUCAGUGAUGAAAGACAUGAACAAUAAAGGCUCCUCUAGUUCUGAGGAUCAAAUUGUUUCAGACAAAGAAGUUGUUUCCCAUAAAAGAAAAAAGGCAUCUCAGGCUCCUAAAGAAAAGAAAAGGAAGAGCACAUCUGUGGACCGACCGGGGACAACAAGGAAGGCGUGUGUCAGCGGCUUGAGUGUGAGUCGCUGGAAAAACAAAGGCAGCACUCACCUGUUCAGGAUGGGCAGUGACAAAGCUGUGGACUGUAGCAUCAACGAAUUGAUCUCUACACAACACAAACAGCCUAAGCAGCUGUUUGGAACAAUGAAUUUCUCCACUCCUGUGAGAGCAGAUCGGCACAAUCUCUCAUCUCUGUUGGCUGACUUGACACCCAACACACAAACCUGGAGCCGACUCAAAGCUGCCCUCUCUGUUCAUCGCAAGGUGCUUCUCACUCCAAAGAGUUUACGCCUCUCCCCGUCAGGCUCUCCUGUAAGACCAGAGCUGGCAGAUGUCAGCCAGGAUCUCUUUGCUACACCUUUUCAGACAUCCAAACGCCUCCAGUCAAGAUUAAGGAGCUUCAGUCCUCUGGUUGUGAGCGAAGAUGAAGAUCUGUCAGACGCAGAGAAGGUGUACGCUGAGUGUGGCCAGUCACACCCUCUGCCCUGGGAGGAGUGUAUACCGCCCAAGCGUAUGGAAAAGUGUGUGAAGAUUGGAGAGGGGACCUUCGGGGAGGUGUUCUCCACCACAAAUGCUGCAGGAGACACUAUCGCACUCAAAAUAAUUCCACUAGAGGGCAUCGAGAAAGUGAACGGCGAGAAUCAAAAGAAAUUUGAAGAAAUCCUCCAUGAGAUCAUUAUCUCCAAGGAGCUGAGCAGCCUUAAAGAGAAGCAGCAGAACCAGACUCAUGGAUUUAUUGGACUCAAUGAUCUCCACUGCGUGCAAGGCUGCUACCCUCCAAGUUUCCUAAAAGCUUGGGACACCUUUGACAAAAAGAAAGGCUCAGAGAAUGACAGACCAGAUUUCUUUAAAAAGGAUCAGUUGUUUAUUAUUCUGGAGUUUGAGUUUGGAGGCUGUGACUUGGAGAACAGCAAUGGAACACUGGCAUCUUUGGUGGUGGCAAAGAGCAUCCUUCAUCAGGUUACUGCAUCCUUGGCUGUGGCUGAGCAGGAGCUGUGCUUCGAACACAGGGACCUCCACUGGGGCAACGUCCUUGUCAAAACAACCACAGAGAAGACAGGCAGCUUCCUGCUAAAUGGAACAGCCCACUCUUUAGAGACCAGAGGGGUGCUUGUCCGCAUCAUUGACUAUUCUCUCUCCAGGCUGGAAAUUGAUGAUCUGACUGUGUCCUGCGACAUCUCCAAUGAUGAGGAGCUUUUCAUGGGUCAGGGAGAUUACCAAUUUGACAUCUACAGAUUGAUGAGACAAGAGAAUGGAAAUGACUGGAGUACAUACCAUCCCCACACCAACGUGCUGUGGCUCCACUACCUGUGCUCUAAGCUGCUUUCCAUGAAGUACCGGGUCUCAGGAGGGAGGGGGGCCAAGGUUGUGAGAGAGGAGCUCAAUCGUUUCUAUGACAACAUCCUGCAGUACAGUUCUGCCACAGAAGCGCUGCAGAACUGCCCCAUGUUUCACUAGGAAAUGAACACAUAAAAUGUGAGGGUGCUCACACACAGACUGAUCUUUUUAUAUAUGUUAAAAAGAGGCUCCUAUUUAGCCAGCCCUCAUCUUUGACUUCUGUCAUGUAACAACGGUUACUGAUCCUCUUGUACCUACAAUCCACACAUACGCUGACUCCGCCGUGCUCUGAAGCACAGCAGCUUUGGCGAGGGCCCUUUCACACUGUAAGCGUGUCUAGAGCCUUGCAUAGCGCCACACAGUCCUGCACAACUUGAGACAAGAAGGCACAAGAUCACGGGAGAACUAUGAGUUAAUGUGGGAAUAGUAUGUCAACAAUUAUGUUUAUCAUUCAUUUCAACAUGAUUCCAUGGUUUUUUUGCUUCUGCCAUGGGUGAGUAUAUUAAGAAGUUCAAAGGUUUGUUUUCUACACAGGAUGUGUGGUUUCAUGUGAAAUUCUGUGGCUUUCCACCUCAAAAGUAAACUUCCUCGUCAGUGGCGCUGUAGUAGCUCUGUGAUCCACUGACCUCCUGAUGACCUUUUGCGUGUGCCAGGAUGAGACAAUGAUUAUUUGCUGUCAGGAGUCCAUGCAUUGACUGGGUACUUUGCACUUUUUCCAGCUGUUUGGAGUGAUCUGCUCUUUGUGGAUGGAUGCAGUUUAGCAACAGCGGUCACUAAAAAUAGACUUUGUAGGUAUCACCAGUGAAGCAGAGUGGCGCGGCGCUUCAGGGAUGGAUUGUUGCACAGCUGUGUAUGUGUAAAUUAAAGAGUAACACAACACAGUUAUGAAGGUCACUUAAUGUACAGUGCAUCCAAAACAGUUAUUAAAAUGACCAUUUCAAACUGAUGUUUUUCUUGUGUCUUACAGUCUGUUUAUGCCUGCUGUUGCACUGACUUCAUUUUUCUAGAAUUGAUAAGGUCUAGUUGUUUUUUUGA